AUGGCACAAAAGAACAAAACAAAAAGUUCAGAAUUUCUUUAUAUGGGAUUUUCAGAGGAGCCAGAACUGCAGCCCCUCAUCUUUGUGAUUUUCCUCUCCAUGUACCUGAUCACAGUGUUUGGGAACCUGCUCAUCAUCCUGGCCACCAUUUCAGACUCCAACCUCCACACCCCCAUGUACUUCUUCCUCUCCAACCUGUCCUUUGUAGACAUUUGUUUCACCUCCACCACCAUCCCAAAGCUGCUGCAGAACAUCCAAACCCAGAACCAAGUUGUAACCUAUGAAGGCUGCAUCAUCCAGGUGCAUUUUUUCACACUCUUUAUAGGACUGGACAUCCUCCUCCUGACACUGAUGGCCUAUGACCGGUUUGUGGACAUCUGCCAACCCCUGCACUACAUGGUCAUCAUGAACCCCCAGCUCUGUGGACUGCUGGUGCUGGUGUCCUGGAUCAUCAGCAUCCUUCAUUCCUUGUUAGAAAGCUUAAUGGUGUUGCAACUUUCCUUCUGUACAGUCUUAGAAAUCCCUCACUUUUUCUGUGAACUCAAUCAGAUGAUCCAACUUGCCAAGUCUGACACCUUUCUCAAUAACAUGGUGAUGUAUUUUGUAGCUGUGUUGCUGGCUGGUGGUUCCCUCAUAUGUAUCCUUUACUCUUACUCUAGGAUAGUUUCCUCCAUACGUGGAAUCUCAUCAGCUCAGGGGAAGUACAAAGCAUUUUCCACCUGUGCAUCUCAUCUCUCAGUGGUCUCCUUAUUUUAUUGUACAGGCUUAGGAGUUUAUCUUAGCUCUGCUACUACCCACAGCUCACACUCAAGUGCAACAGCAUCAGUGAUGUACACUGUGGUCACACGUAUGCUGAACCCCUUCAUCUACAGUCUGAGAAAUAAAGAGUUAAAGAGAGGUCUGAAAAUGCUCUUUGGAAAGGAAAAUAUAAAAGGUCCUAUUGUCCUAAGGCUUGGGAAGCACCUGUGA